AUGUCAGCCGCAAAGACCAAAGCUCAGAACCUGAUUAACGAGAAUGCCGUUGUGGUCUUCUCGAAAUCCUACUGCCCCUACUGCAACGCCAGCAAGAGGACGCUCAAGAACCUAGGCGCCAAGUUUUAUGCUCUGGAGUUGGAUGAGAUUGACGACGGAACUGAGAUUCAGAAUGCGCUGUAUGAAAUCACGCAGCAGCGGACCGUGCCGAAUAUCUUCAUCGGGCAGAAGCAUAUUGGUGGGAACUCGGAGUUGCAGGCCAAGUCUGCGCAGUUGCCGGCUUUGUUGAAGGAGGCGGGUGCGUUGUAG